AGUUCAACGAGAAACAUGCCCGCUGCUUUUUUAAACACCGCCACUCAGAAAGCACUUCCAAGGUACGAUGCUGCAACCUUCCCACUCACUAGAAUAAAUUUAGCCUGUGGUUACUACCAGUCUCCUCACCUUUCAACACUCCCCACUAUCACCACCAUGGCACCAUCAGCUCAUGACCCUCUUCUUCCUCCUCAUCCUUCCAUCAAGAAGCCCUCGCCGUAUUCCAAGACCAUCUUCUUGUUACUACUGUCCAUAGCUUCUCUCAUCUCCCUCGCCGCUCUCUUUUUCUCUUACAAACACACCGCCUCCACCACUGCCCCCACCGUGAACUUCUCCCACCUCUGCUCUCGCUCCCCUGACCAAGCUUCUUGCAACGUCGCCGUCUCGAGCGCGGUCGCUGCUCUCUCGGCCCAGUCCAAAACCCGUCCUGUCCCGGCCCAAGUGCUCCUCACCAUCAUCCAACAAUCUAUUCGUGAAAUAGAUGCCACCGUCUCUGAGCUCACCACUAUCCACCGUUCGGCGAAUGAUCGACGGCUGCGAUCCUCCCUCGCUGAUUGCGUCCACCUCAUGGGCCUGUCGCGUGACCGCCUGGUCGACUCCGCUGCCGCCGUGUCGUGCGGUGCCCACGCCGAUGCCCAGACGUGGCUUAGCGCUGCGCUGACCAACCAUGUCACGUGCUCCGACGGCCUCGACGGGCCGUUGAGCCGUUCCGUAGUUAAGGCCUAUCUAGAGCCCCUAACGGCGUUAGCGAGCGCCUCCCUCGCCGUUAUCACCACCAUGAACCCGCACGAAUUAGACAAAGUUACACGCCUCACGAGAAAGAUCCCAUUUCCAGAAUGGGUAACUGCGAGGGAUCGGAAGCUUCUAGAAGCAGCUUCUGUAGGGAGUGGGAUGACGGCGAACGUGACGGUGGCGGCUGACGGGAGUGGGGACUUCGGAACGGUGCAGGAAGCUGUGAACUCAGCACCCAACAAGGGGAAGGCGCGGUAUGUGAUUUACGUGAAGGCCGGCACGUAUGAGGAGAACGUGGCCGUGGGGAAGUCGAAGACGAAUGUAAUGAUCGUCGGCGACGGCAUGAAUUCGACGGUGAUCACCGGGAGCCUCAACGUCGUCGAUGGGUCCACCACUUUCAACUCUGCUACCUUAGCUGCGGUGGCCGAUGGUUUCAUUCUGCAAGACAUCUGCGUCGAGAAUACGGCGGGACCUGAGAAACACCAGGCGGUGGCACUCCGUGUUGGGGCCGACAGGUCCGUGAUAAACCGCUGCCGUGUAGACGGCUACCAGGACACCCUCUACGCGCACUCCCUCCGCCAAUUUUACCGUGACAGCCUCAUAUCCGGCACAGUCGACUUCAUCUUCGGCAAUGCUGCGGUGGUCAUUCAAAACUGCGACAUUGUUGCUCGCCUUCCCUUGUCCAAACAGGAAAACACGAUCACGGCCCAGGGGCGGACCGACCCGAACCAAAACACGGCCACCUCCAUCCAGAGUUGCAAGGUCGUGCCAGGGGCCGACCUCGUGCCGGCGGAGUCGGCAACACCGACGUUCCUCGGCCGGCCCUGGAAGCAGUACUCGAGAACGGUGUUCAUGCAAUCGUACAUCGAUAAUCACGUGGAUCCUGCGGGUUGGUUGGAGUGGGACGGAGAUUUCGCACUGAAUACGCUGUACUACGGGGAGUACGCCAACAAGGGCCCAGGUGCGGGGACUGCCGGGCGCGUCAACUGGACGGGGUAUCAUGUGAUCACCGACCCGAGCGUGGCGGCGGAGUUCACCGUGGCGCAGCUGAUACAAGGGGGGGCUUGGCUGACCUCUGCUGGAGUUGCAUUCACCGAGGGCUUAUGAAUUUGAUAGGCUAUGGAAGAUUUUAGAGCAUGUAAUAAUAGAUAAAUGUUGCGAAUGAUAUACAUUGCACCUAUUCUAGGAUGCGGUGGUCUUUUCUAAUUAUAUUGAUAUGACUAGUAAAAAAUUUUCUAUCUUAAGAUAGAUGAGAUGUAUAUCAUACUCAUCUUUGGUAGUGUAUUUGUAACAUUGCCCUAAAGGUGCGUUUGGUUCGCGCUAUCUUUUAAAGAUUCUUAGUAAUCCAAUGGGAAUAAAAAA